GGCGCACUGUGCACAGAGAACAGCGCCUCUGCAGCUGAAGAAGACAUGACCGGCUGUAAACAUGGCGUCAGCCUUAGACGAGGAUGAAAUUUGCAAAGAUGAUUAUUAUUCGCUGUUAAAUGUCCGAAGAGAGGCCACACAAGAAGAACUGAAGGCAGCAUACAGGCGACUAUGCAUGCUAUAUCAUCCAGACAAGCACAGAGACCCUGAGUUAAAACGACAGGCUGAACAACUUUUCAAUUUGGUGCAUGAGGCAUAUGAAGUGCUCACUGACCCACAAUCCAGAGCAAUCUAUGACAUCUAUGGCAAACGAGGACUGGACGUGGACGGAUGGGAGGUGGUAGAAAGGAAGAGGACUCCUGCUGAGAUUCGAGAGGAGUAUGAGCGUCUUCAGAAGGAGCGUGAGGAGAGAAGACUGCAGCAAAGGACCAAUCCCAAGGGAACCAUUAGUGUUGGUAUUGAUGCCACAGACCUCUUUGAUCGGUAUGAAGAAGAAUUUGAGGAUAUGGAUGGAGGGGGAAUGCCACAUGUGGAAAUCAAUAAAAUGCACAUAGCACAAUCCAUAGAGGCCCCUUUAACUACAAAAGAUACAGCCAUUCUCUCUGGCUCCUUAUCAACUCACAAUGGCAAUGGAGGCGGCACCAUUAACCUGGCCCUGAGAAAGGUCACCUCCGCAAAGGGCUGGGGAGAGAUAGAAAUUGGGGCUGGGGAUACUCAUGGACCUCUUUUUGGAAUGAAGAUUUUUAGAAAUUUGACACCUCGCUGCUUUGUAACUGCUCAGUGUGGGCUCCAGUUUUCAUCCAGAGGGGCACGGCCUGGUUUUACGACAGUGCUAGCACGUCACCUGGACAAAAACACCAUGGGCUACCUGCAGUGGCGCUGGGGCAUGCAGUCCUCUAUGAACACUAGCAUUGUACGGGACACUAAGAGCAGCCAUUUCACUUUUGCAGUGCAGCUUGGCAUUCCUCACACUUUUAUGAUGAUGAGCUAUCAGUACAAGUUCCAGGAUGAUGACCAGACAAAGUUAAAGGGCUCAGUCAAGUCCGGUUUCUUUGGCACAGUUGUGGAGUAUGGUGCUGAGAGGAAGAUCAGUCGACACAGUGUCUUGGGGGCAACUGUCAGCAUCGGUGUGCCCCAAGGCAUCUCCCUCAAAAUCAAACUUAACAGGGCAAGCCAGACAUAUUUCUUCCCAAUUCACCUGACGGACCAACUGCUGCCAAGUGCUGUCUUCUAUGCCACAGUCGGACCACUUGUUUUCUACAUUGCAAUCCAGCAACUAGUUAUUCGGCCCUACAUGCGUGCCCAAAAGGAACAAGACUUGGAGAAACAGCGGGAGAGUUCAGCCUCCAACAUUGCCAAGAAGAAACAGGAGGCAGAAGCAGCUGUCUUGCUCAUGCAGGAGUCUGUUCGCAGGAUCAUUGAAGCCGAAGAGUCUAGAAUGGGUCUCAUUAUCCUCAACGCCUGGUAUGGCAAAUUUGUCACUGAUAAUAGCAAGAAACAUGAGCGAGCAAAAGUCAUAGAUGUUACCGUGCCAUUACAAUGUCUGGUGAAAGACUCAAAGCUUAUCUUAACUGAAACCGCAAAGUCGGGACUGCCUGGCUUCUAUGACCCUUGUGUGGGGGAAGAGAAGAGCCUCAAAGUGCUGUAUCAGUUCAGAGGAGUAAUGCAUCAAGUUCUGUCUGGAGACACAGAGCCGCUCAGGAUACCAAAACAAUCUCACAGGAUCGAUGGCGACACAUAAGGAUUACUGUGCUGACCAAAACACCUGCAUCUGUGGUCUGACAGAUGUGUGGUAGACCUCUGUUUUAGCUUAUGUUCGUUUGAAUACUUGUUACAGAGAACAUGCAUUUACCUUGUGAUCUUUUAGUCAUUUAUACAGAGUGGAGUAUUGUGAUCACGACUGAAUUCAUCUAUUCAGUGUUUAUGGACAAGGUUGUGGCCUGCAUAAAUUGAUACUAUGAUGCCAAAAUCAUUGCACACCGUUGGGAUUUUGGGUAUUUUGCCUUGCAGGUAUCCAUAUACUGGUGUUAUAGCAUGUAAUACAUGAUUGACUUAUGUACUGUAUUGUACACAAGCUGCAGUGCCUAUGUGUGAUUGAAUAUAAUAAAUGAACACACUUCUAUUUCUCUCGUAAACAA